AACGAUUUAUAUUUUCUUGUCAUUGCAGUGAAAUAUCUGAGGGAAGUGACGCCAUACUUCAGACGGAGCACCAUCAUAGGUGAGGUGGGCUGGGACACACCGUCGCCUUACAUCAUCAAAGAACCCGGUGCAAACGCUCAGGUUACCCGCAACCAUUGGACUGAAAUGAAAGUCAUACCUCUCAAACUGUGCUACGUGACACGAAACCUCACAAUAAACGACACCGACCAGAGAACUGUGGAGCUCCACUCGCCCGACGGGAGGAGCUCGUGUAUAGUGCGGUGUACGGAUGUGACGUCAGCGAACGAGUGGUUCAGUGCAUUACACGCGAACGUGUCGUUAUUAGCGAUUCAGGCGGUGUGCGAAGCGAACGAUAUUCUCAGGUCGACGCCAGGAAGCAGAGAGGUCAAGCACAUGGGCUGGUUGUGUGAACAGUGUCAUACAGAAGCAGACCUCUCGGCGUGGAAACCAGUGUUUGUAGCAAUCACAGAUAAGGAUUAUCUGAUGUACGACAGUGUGCCCUUCACAAGAGAAGAAUGGGGUAAACCUUUCCAAAGCAACUCACUUCUUGCCACUAGAUUAAUAUACUCAGGUAGUCCUAAAGGAACUCUCUCACUCACCCGAUCGACUGGUGAGCUCACGUUCGGCACCAGGACGGGGACACGCAGCGGCAUCGAAGCCCAUCUCUUCAGGGUCGAGACAAGGAGAGACCUAGCAGCAUGGACCAGGCAGCUGGUACAAGGCUCACAUAACACCGCCCUCAUUGUCAAAGAAGUCACAUGUCCUGCAGCAUGGAAUGGAAGGGAAACCAGGUUACGCAUCCACUUUGAGAACGGUUUCACUCUGAGUGUCCCUACAGCCGACGGUCAGGUUGACCACACCAAUCAACUCAAUAUGCUCUGGUCUUACCCGUUUGAGAAGCUCAGGUACUCUUCAGACGACUCCAAGAGGUUGCUCUGGCUGGACUUCGGAGCAGGAGAAGGAGAAUUUGAGUUGGAUCUCCACGGUUGUCCCAAGCCUAUUGUCUUCAUCAUCCAUACCUUUCUCAGCGCAAAGGUCACGAGGAUGGGUCUCUUUGCCUGAUAGCGACUCCACCCUGACUGACCUUUGCAGUUGGUUGCCAUGGUAACGAAAUGGAGCAGCGCAACUUAGCCCAGUCACAGUCCUACAGACCAGCCAACAAAACUGUCACAGUGUGCAUGGCCUGCUGGACCUGGUAAUGUAGAAGACCUGGACCUAAUAGCACCGAAGACCUGGACCUGAUGGCAUAGAAGACCUGCACCAGAUAGAUUAGAAGAACGGGGAAAGCUCAGGCAAGGUUCACAGGAGUAUCGCUGUGCUGGAGUAUAACAGAGCAGGGCUGCUACAGCUGAUUGCUACAUAGACAAACAUGAGCAUGAUGUGGCCAGCAGAGGAGAUGAGACCACAGAAAAGGAGAUGAAGUCUUGGCGAAAUAUAAAAUUGUGUGAUGGUUCAGCCCUAGAAGUGGCAUUCAAUAUUUUGCUCAUCUCUAGUCCUUCUCUUUUGGCAGACUAAAGAAGACUUGUAAUUUUGAAGAAAUUUUCCAUUAUGCUAUACAGGGAUAGAUACCAGAACAAGGACCCUAUCCUAGAUUAUAUCUAUCAUUUUCAUGGAUUUUUUUGAUUUUUUUUUGAUUUUUUUUAAAGAUGAAAACCUUGAUUCCUGUUCCAUCCAGCAGUUUAGUAAUCAGUACAACUCAGAAGCUAAACAGUAUGUCUGAUGUCGAGACUGGUACACAGGUUUGCCAAAGAUCUUGUAGUCUUUGCAAUAAGAAAGAAUCUUGACAUUUAAUAUGACUUGACAACUCACUAUAGGAUUAAGUGAAACAUUGCUUGUUGGACUCGGUACAGAUAAUGGCCUUCUAGUAGUCGUUGCUGGGGAUAUAUGGGAGGUGAUUUAUGUAUGAUACCAACUCAAUUUUGCUUCUGAGGAAGACGUAAGGAUAUGUCGAAAAUUUGUGUUGUGAAUUGAAGUAAUUAUUGGCUAAAGUGCAUUAUGUAUCUGACUGAGCCUUGAAUUAAUAUAACUAUCUCCUCAAGCCAGUACAUGAAAUCUGAAGAAUGUUAGGAGUGUUUUUUGAUAGAAGUGUAUAGGUGUCAUGGUCGAGUGGAUAUGUCACCGGACUGUGGA